CACACAAAAACAAGUGGAUUUCAUGCUAAAACGCCGUUGUAAGAUUUUCAAUGCCAACAAAAUCUAUUGUAAAUCGUCACCCCUCGACGCGCGCGCGCGCGCACGCACGUGUGUGUACGGGCUGCAUCCUGCAUAUCUUUGUUCGCGUCUGCAUCUGAUAUGUGUUGAGAUCAACUUGCGCUCCGACUCCUCUGCCUGCGCGCGACCCUAAAGACCACCUGCACCUGAGUCUGGAGGAGAGUAUUUUUAACAGCAGGGGUGCGAGCGCGGCGCUCCAAAAGCUCCCAGACCUCAUCACUUAUAUUGGGUUAUGCGCGUGGACUCGUCGGCUUUUUGAGAAGCGUACAGACCGCACUCGUCUUUUUUUGUCGGAGUUACUGGGUCUUGGACUCUCACUCGGGCGGAUAGAGAGACGGAUCUCCACCGGGAUCUCCUCGCACCGCGACUGUACCUGGAGAAUCCGAUUGACUCAAAUAGAACACAGAGGAGAAUCUUGUGGAGUCUGUCCUUCUUUCACCCAGCGAGAGACAGCUGAGUUUAAACUCAAUCUGAACUCAUUUUAGCACAACUUCCGUAACUCUGACAAGCAGUAUGUGGGACAUUAAAAGGUUAUGAGUGCACUUACAGCUUGGUGAUCCACAAACACAGACAAGCCAAUGAGAGGAUGGCCAGAGGUCACAUGAUCUACAGAAGCGCCUACCAGCCGGUACUACUGAUUCUACUGAGCGCGCUCCAGCUGGCGCAUAUGCAAUCUGCUCCUCGCUUCACUCGAACUCCCACUGAUCAGAUAGGAGUUCAGGGCGGCGUCGCCUCCUUCGUCUGUCAGGCCACUGGAGACCCACAACCCAAAAUCACAUGGAGCAGAAAAGGCAAAAAAGUCACCAACCAGAGAUUUGAGGUGAUAGAGUUUGAGGAUGGCUCAGGGUCUGCGUUGCGAGUGCAGCCGCUUCGAACCCCCCGUGACGAGGCUAUUUAUGAAUGUGUUGCUUCUAAUGAAAUUGGGGAGAUCACCGCCUCUACGCGUCUUAGCGUUCUCCGCGAGGACCAGCUCCCUGCGGGCUUUCCAUCUAUAGACAUGGGCCCUCAGCUGAAGGUGGUGGAGCGGUCUCGCACCGCUACCAUGCUGUGUGCAGCCAGCGGGACGCCUGACCCCGAAAUCACCUGGUUUAAAGAUUUCCUGCCCAUUGACACACACACUCACGGCCGCAUCAAACAGCUGCGCUCAGAGUCCUUUGGGGGUACGCCUAUCCGAGGUGCACUUCAGAUUGAUCAGAGUGAAGAAACUGAUCAGGGUAAAUACGAGUGUGUCGCAACCAACAGUGAAGGAACACGCUACUCAACACCAGCUAACCUUUACGUCAGAGAGUUAAGAGAUGUGCGGCGAAUCCCUCCUCGAUUCUCUGUGCCACCGAUGGAUUAUGAGAUCAUGCCGGGAGGAAGUGUGAACAUCACCUGUCAGGCGGUGGGGGUUCCUAUGCCAUAUGUCAAAUGGAUGCUGGGAGCCGAGGAUUUGACACCAGAAGACGACAUGCCUAUUGGGCGAAAUGUUCUGGAGCUCACCAACGUACGCCAGUCUGCCAACUACACGUGUGUCGCCAUGUCUACACUCGGAGUUAUAGAAACUGUUGCCCAGAUCACAGUUAAAGCUCUUCCCAAUCCUCCAGGAAGUCCAGUUGUAAUGGAGCGAUCUGCCACCAGCAUUACUCUCAUGUGGGACAGUGGAAAUCCACACCCUGUUUCUUACUACAUCAUCCAGUAUCGUCCCUCCUCGUCCACCGACCCCUUCAAAGAAAUUGAUGCCAUUGCAACAACCCGCUACAGUGUUGGUGGGCUCAGCCCCUACUCCCACUACCAUUUCCGGGUGGUGGCGGUGAACUCAAUCGGUCGCGGCGCACCGAGUCCAACCGUGGAUGCUCGAACGGCGGAACAGGCACCCAGUUCCCCUCCUCGCCGGGUCAGGGGUCGAAUGCUGAGCGGAUCCACAGCCAUGGUGCAAUGGGAGGAGCCAGAGGAAGCCAACGGCCAGGUGGUUGGUUACAGGGUCUAUUACACAUCAGAUUCAUCGCUUUCUGUCAGCCAAUGGGAGAAGGAGAUGGUUCGAGGGGCCAAUUUUUUGAACAUACGAGACUUGACCCCCAACAAAACCUAUUAUAUUAGAGUUCUCGCCUUCACCGCAGUCGGAGAUGGACCUCUUUCCAGUGAUUUGCACAUCAUUGCUAAAACAGGAGUCCCGUCGCAACCCACCGAGCUGAAGGCAGAGGUGAAAUCAGAGACCAGCAUCCUUCUGUCGUGGAUCCCUCCCGCUCACAGUGGCACAGAUGCCAUCACUGGCUAUGAGCUCAUUUACAGACUUGGAGACCAGCCAGAGCAGAAAAUAACAUUUGAUCCAAGCUCCAGUUAUCUGCUGAAGAAUCUGAAGCCGUUUUCCACCUACGUAUUUCAGCUAGCAGCGCGCAGUAAACACGGCCUGGGGGCUUUUACAAGUGAAAUCACCGUUCAGACUCCACAAACACAAUCCAUACCCCCUCCUCAGGACGUAACUUGCACAAGCCCCUCCUCCACAAGUCUGCUUCUCAGCUGGGCCUCGCCCCCCACUGAUGAAAAUGGGAUUGUUACUGGGUACUCCAUCCGAUAUGUGGCAGUUGAACGGGACAAAGACCCUGUUCAAAAGAUCUCAGACAUCCCGUCUAAUUGUUUCCGAUAUCGAAUCGAGGGACUGAAGAAAGGGACCUUGUACUCUGUGACCAUCGCUGCCCACACUGACAAUGGUCAAGGGCCUGAAAGCCUGCCGAUAUUGGUCCGCACAGAGGAAGACGUGCCCAGCGCACCGCCGCGGGGUGUGGAUGUGGUGGUCUUAAACGCCACCUCUGCCAGAGUGUCAUGGAAACCUCCGGUUGCUGAGCGACAGCAUGGAAAGAUCCGUGGUUUCCAGGUGACAUACGCCAGACGAACUGCAGGGGAGAGAACAGUUUCGCCCAGAAUCAGGGAACACCUACUGAGAGACCCACAGCAGCCGCAGAAUGACUCAAUAGAACAUGAAGUGAUUUUGACCGAUUUGUGGCCGAACACUGAAUACUCUGUGACCGUGGCUGCAUUCACCUCAAAAGGCGAUGGAGCACGCAGCAAACCAAUCGUCAUCAGAACUAAACCAUCAUUGCCAGGUAUGCCUCUGCUCACAGUGGUGUCAUCAGAAGAUAGCACUGCCCUGCUAAAGUGGCAGCCUCCCCCUACCGGACUGUCCCCUGUGCUGGGAUACAGGCUCUCAUACGGCCAGGCCGACCCGUCCUCAGACACCUUUAUGGUACAGGAGCUGGACGCAGAGGAACGCUCCUACACAGUCUCAUCUUUAAGCGCAGGAGUGCUGUACGUCUUCCGCCUUGCGGCCCGCACUGUAUGGGGUUACGGUUCAAGUGCUCAAGUCACACUUCUAAUCCCAAACGUGGUGCAAACAACCACCGAUGGCAUGAUAACAGACCCCAUGACAACUGAGGGUCAAACCAUGAGCGUACAGGAAAACGUUCCAAUUUUGGCAAACCUAACAGCCGAAAGCAUCAACUCCUCAUCUGCGAUCCUGAGAUGGGAGCGACCAAAAAACUAUGACGGGAUUCAAGGUUACCGCGUGUGGUUCGCUGUCACCUAUAGUAAUGGCACAGACAUUGCCAUGGAAUCUGAUGUUUCGGAAACCACAGUGGUUCUUCAUGGCCUAAGGGCAAAUACUGAGUACGUGGCGAGAGUUUGCAUGCUUAGCAAACAAGGCCCCGGGCCCUAUAGUCUCCCCAUUUCCAUCAAAACACAACCCGCAGAGGAAGUUUUUGCUGUGAACUUCAAAGUGAAAGCUGCAAUGAAGAGUUCAGUUCUGCUGACCUGGGAGUCUCGAACCACCAGUAAUAAAGCGCAGUCUCUCAUCAUCUCAUAUGGCGAUGGCGAGAGUGUGGAGGUCGAUGGGCGGCUCGGGCAGAAGUUAGUGACUAAGCUAAAGCCUCAGUCUCUGUACAACUUUCUGUUAACCAGUAAAUCCGACAGCACUGGAGGCCUGCAGCACCGCACGGACGCCAUGACGGCUCCAAACCUGAUGACCAGGAAACCACAGCUGCUGGACAAGACCAGCUCGCAGAGCAUUGCCAUUCUGCAGCUGCCCACUGUACAAGGCCAGGCUAACGUCAGGGGUUUCUACAUUUUGGUCGUUCCUUUGAAAAGGCAGAGAGCAGGAAACUUCCAGAAUAUGUGGAGCGAUCCAGACGAGAUGAACCUCGAUGAGCUGCUGAGGGAGAUUAAUGGCACCGGUCGCUCUGUGCGUUUACGGAGGCAGGCAGAGGCAAAGCCUUACAUCACUGCUCAUUUCCAAAAUCUUCCUGCUGAAUUUAAGUUAGGAGAUGGACAUGUGUAUGGAGCCUUCAUGAACCGACCUCUGGUGAACGGACAGGAGUAUGUGUGCUUCGUACUGGCUAUUCUCGAACUGGGCCAGAAUACUGUCUACUCCACAAGCCCAUUCUCUGAUGCGGUGCUCUUCUCUGAUGUGGAGCCACAGCCAAUCGUAGAUGAGGAGGAGGGACUUCUGUGGGUGGUUGGACCAGUGUUGGCCGUCAUCUUCAUCAUCAGCAUCGUCAUCCUCAUCCUCCUCUUUAAAAGCAAACCAGACAGGAAGCGGGCAGAGUUGGAGGGCAGGAAGUGCAGCUUUCCCAGCAGCGGUAAAGCCAUGAGUUCCCAGCAUCCAUCUGACCCCGUGGAGCUGCGCAGAAUCAACUUCCCAACGGCUGGCAUGACCAGCCACCCGCCAGUGUCCGUCUCUGAACUGCCCGCUCACAUAGAGAGGAUGAAGGCCAAUGACAGCCUGAGGUUCUCUCAAGAGUAUGAGUCUAUUGAUCCAGGGCAGCAGUUCUCCUGGGAACAUUCUAACCUUGAGAUUAACAAGCCAAAGAACAGAUAUGCCAACGUCAUCGCCUACGACCACACCAGAGUCGCCCUCACCAACACUGAUGGUGUUGCUGGUGGUGACUACAUUAAUGCCAACUUCAUAGAUGGCUACCGCAGACAGGGUGCUUACAUCGCCACCCAGGGGCCCAUGCCAGACACGUUUAGUGACUUCUGGAGAAUGGUGUGGGAACAACACACAGCGAAUGUCAUUAUGAUCACCAAACUUGAAGAGAAAUCGAGGAUGCCUUCGUAUUUCUUCUCCAAGAAUAAGUGUGAUCAGUAUUGGCCCAGCAGAGGAACGGAAACAUACGGACUGAUGCAGGUCUCUCUACUGGACACGGUGGAGCUUGCAACCUACUGCGUCAGGACGUUUGCCCUCUUUAAGAGUGGGAGUGGUGAGAAGCGGGAGGUCCGUCAGUUCCAGUUUACAGCAUGGCCAGAUCAGGGGGUACCUGAACACCCUACUCCCUUCCUGGCCUUCCUCAGACGGGUCAAAGCCUGCAACCCCCCAGACGCUGGACCCAUUGUGGUCCACUGCAGUGCCGGUGUGGGCCGGACAGGCUGCUUCAUUGUGAUUGAUGCCAUGCUGGAACGAGUGAAGCAAGAGAAGACGUUAGAUAUUUACGGUCACGUGACUCUAAUGCGCUCUCAGCGAAACUACAUGGUGCAGACAGAGGAGCAGUAUGUCUUUAUUUAUGAGGCGCUGCUGGAGGCCGUUUCCUGCGGCAACACUGAAGUUCCGGCCCGGAACCUGUACGCCUACAUCCAGAGACUGUCACAGACGGAGCCGCCGGAGCACAUCAGCGGAAUGGAGCAGGAGUUUAAACGGUUAGCUAAUGCCAAAGCGCAUAACUCCAGAUUCGUCAGUGCCAGCCUUCCAUGCAAUAAGUUCAAGAACCGGUUGGUGAACAUCAUGCCAUAUGAGAGCACACGUGUGUGUCUGCAGCCAAUCAGAGGAGUGGAGGGAUCUGACUACGUCAAUGGCAGUUUUAUAGACGGCUACAGGCAACAGAGGGCGUAUAUUGCGACUCAGGGGCCACUGGCAGAGACAGUUGAAGAUUUCUGGAGAAUGCUUUGGGAACACAAUUCUACUAUAGUAGUUAUGCUUACUAAACUCAGAGAAAUGGGAAGGGAGAAAUGUCAUCAGUACUGGCCGUCUGACCGAUCAGCCCGAUACCAGUACUUUGUUGUGGAUCCCAUGGCGGAAUACAACAUGCCUCAGUAUAUACUCCGAGAGUUUAAAGUCACAGACGCCAGGGAUGGACAAUCCAGAACAGUCCGGCAGUUUCAGUUCACGGAUUGGCCAGAGCAGGGUGUGCCAAAAUCUGGCGAAGGGUUCAUUGACUUCAUUGGUCAAGUGCACAAAACAAAAGAACAGUUCGGUCAGGAUGGGCCAAUCACAGUACACUGCAGUGCUGGCGUUGGAAGGACAGGUGUAUUUAUCACUCUCAGUAUAGUGUUGGAGAGGAUGCGUUAUGAGGGAGUAGUCGAUAUCUUCCAGACUGUCAAAAUGUUGCGAACUCAAAGACCAGCCAUGGUGCAGACAGAGGAGCAGUACCAGUUCUGCUAUCGAGCAGGGCUGGAAUACCUGGGCAGUUUUGAUCACUAUGCAACAUAAAACCUUCCCCUGGACCAAGAGCCACCUCAUCAUCAUCACCACCACCACAACAUCACAGCGAGACCUGCGUCUGAUCAAUCCGACAGCUUCUUUCUGCUGCUCAAGAGUCUGUUUGAUUCCUCCAGACAGCACACAGUUUAACAGUCAGCCAGAGAGGUCAGCUGCGAUACUGCGUUGUCACCACAAAUUGCAGCUCCAGUCAUAGAACUGAAAGUUGUCAAGUCAUAUUGGGACUGGAGGAAAUCGGUAUGUGCUGUCUGGACCGAUUCAAUAGACCAGUGAGACUCCGAAAGCAUUAGAAGAGACAACAAUCAAACAGUUGAAUGCUACUUUAUACUUGUCCGAAUUUAUGAACCACCAAACCCCUCGCAAAAAAAACAACAGUCAUGUUUAUAACAGGAUGCAGUCCGAGUGUAGAGUUGCCACUGUUUUUAGUCACCAGUUUGUAUAACGGAUCCACCAACUCACUUGUUUAAGUGAUUCGUACAAAAUGAAAUUCAACAACACAGCCUAAGUAUUGGUGCUUACGCCAGUUUCCUGUUUGUUUAUCUGUAGCGCGCACACACACACAAGCGUAGAUAUAUACGUACAAAUCUAUCACAGAUUUAAGACGAGAAAAAAGUAAGUUAAAAUGGAGAUUUGUCUCAAAAGCUGUGCAAUAUUGAACGUGAUUAUUGAUCGCACCUUCGAGUUUUAAAACACUCAAGUAUUAGAGAUAUUCUCACUGUAAUUAUAUGGUCUCAUUAAUCUUAUAUUAUAUAAAGUAUAAAAUAAAAUGUUAUUACGCAUAUUGGCACAUAUAAAUAUACAUAUAUAUCUAAAGCGUCAAUGUAUUGAGUGAUAUUUAUACUAUGUGAGUAAAUACUUGUCAGUUGCACAUACGUUAAGAAAAGUACUGAUUGCAGUAAAACAGAUUUUUAUUUUCACUACUGUUGACCAAAACAACUAUUUUAGAGGUUUUGUUGGUUUGUUCGAAGGCUGAAUGGCACCAGACUCGCUACAACAGAAGGUUGACGUGUUCAGAAACAAUAACAUAAUGGAUCAUUCGACACUGGUAGUGCCUUAUCAUAGUCACAUGUUUAAAAUGGUUCGCUAUUAAAGUUAUGCGUUUCACAUUUAUGGAUAUGAAUCUGCUUUUAUGUACUAAAUAAAUAAAUAAAUACUAGCUAUUUCCGCCAGAGUGAAUUUUACAAUAUAUUUCACACCAAACACCAAGGCGGUUUGUUCGUUCAAGUGAAGUACUGCCAAGAUGACUAGACAAUUAUAUUAUGGAAAGCCAAUACGUGUCUAUUUUUGAGAGGACACACGUUUAUUGUAUCUAUAAUGGGCCAAGAGAUCUCCAUAUUCCAUUACAUGUGUACUGAUUAUCGUAGGAUCAAUUAUUUGUAUUUGAAAAUCAGUAUUGAAACAAGACAUAGUUUUGCGUUUCAGUCCAUACUGCUGCAGGAAUUGCUCAUUUCUGAAUGUUAAUGUCUGUAUUUUUAUUAAUUGUAUCGCAUUGUCAGAGAUGAUGCGAUUUUUAUUUAUUUUUUUUUAUCUCACGGCAGUUUGUAACGUUUUUAUUUAGUGGAUAAUUAAUAUUAAUUUGUUUGUUCUCAUUUGUACAUUUAAGUGUGAUUUGCUCAUCCCCCAAUCCGGGGUUGACCUGCUUUUUAAAAUCGUACGUUUUCAUUUGAAUGAAAUCAGAUUAUCCAACUCUAUCUCACAGCAAUUCGUAACAUUAAUUUAGUGGCUAAUUCGUACGAUCUCAUUCAUACAAUUUAGGAUGUUUUUCUUAUCCCCCAAUGUUGAGGUGGGGUUGGGUUAAAAUUGUACAUUUGGGACACACAUUUAUUGUAUCUAUAAUGGGCCAAAAGAUCUCCAUAUUCCAUUACGUGUACUGAAUAUUACAGUAUCAAUUAUUUGUAUUUGAAAAUCAGUAUUAAAACGAGACAGUUUUGCGUUUUAAUCCAUACUGCUGCAGGAAACGCUCAUUUCUAAAUGUUUAUGUCCGUUUUCAUGUCUGUUAAUAUUCUUAGUUUUCAUUUAGUGACUAAUUCGUAUUAAUUUAUGCGUUCUCAUUCGUAUAUUUAAGUGUGAUUUGCUCAUCCCCCAAAGUGCGGCUGACCUACUUUAAAAAAUUUAAAAGUUAAAAUCGGAUUAUUCAACAUGAUCUCACUGCAAUUCAUAACUUAUUGAAUUAGUGGCUAAUUCAUAAUCUCAUACAAAACGUUUUGCUCAUCCCUCAAUGACGGUUAUGUGCCACACCUUUUUAAAAUCGUACAUUUUUGUAAAUUGGAACUUGUAUAAAUUAUUAGGGAUGUCUGACGUGAAACUUAUGUUUCGACAUAGUGUCGAGUUCCUGAAGCGCAAGUGUUUCGAAACAUUGCACCGAAGCAUGACCUGAAACACCCAGGUCACAUGACUAAGGUGAUUCAAAACACACAGGUCACAUGACUAAAAUGUUUCGAAACACCUGGUCACGUAAGUUAAGGGAUUCAAAGCAUCGAUUAUUUCAGAAGCAUUUCGAAACAUGGCAAAUCUGCAUUUGACGCAGGGUCAGGACAACACUCUGGCUGCGUCCGAAACCGCCUACUACUCAGUAGGUACUGUAUUUGAAUUUAAACGUACUGCUUGUCCGUUAGAAAAGUAUGUUCUAUACAGUAUGAAUGUAAGAAGUAUAAAUGAAAUUCGGACGCCAUUUUGUCAUCAUCAUGUGUCCUACCUGCGUCAGUUGCGCCGCUUCACUCCCAUUCAUGAAUUCUCUCGCAGGGCAUUAUGGGAUAGCGCAGUGUGCAUGGGAUGCGGACUUCAGAAUCUCGCCGAAGUAAUGUCAUCCGGGUACUUCCUGCAUACUGAUUUUCAAAUUCUAUGAAUUCGGACAUACUACUCGGCUCGCAUACUGAUUUUAGCGUACUGUAUAGUAUGGAAGUAUGUGGUUUCGGAUGCAGCCUCUGUCUCUUAGGGGGACCGUGUGUGUGCACCUAGUUAAUGUGCUGUAAAUGGCUUGUACAAAUGGCUUGUACAAAUACUCUGAAAUGAUGAUUUUAUGUAUUUUAAUAAUGCUACUGUUUAAUGGUGUAGUCUAAAUAGGAUCCAGCUGCAGAUAUGCCAUCAAUAUAGCAUCAUUUUUGAAACACUGUAUAACAAUAAUUCAUAUUUUUACAGGACAGUGAUGGUUGGGUUUAGGGUUUGAGUAGACGUUAAUAAAAUACAAUAAAUAGGAAAUUUUUUGAAUAAUAUAAAGAAUUCCCAUUUACUUCCGGUCGCAACCGUAUCUGAUCUAGCAAGAACAGUUUACGACCAAAACAAGACAUUUAUUUAUAAAGUGUUCACUUGGAUGUCAAACCGAUGUUAAGAACAGAGCAUUUCAAAUCUAACAUCUAUAGCUGCAUCACCUUGGGUUCAAACCCAUUAUCUCUGCAUGCUAGUCAGGAACUCUUACCGCUUCCCUAAAUCACUUGAAGCUUCAACUCAAUGUGGAGUUUAAUACCUCAAUUUGCUAAACUGUUUCUUUGCUGAAGCUGUUCCAGUGCAAUACACAAAAAAAUGACCACUAGGUGUCACUGUAGAGAGGUUUCAAAACAUUUUGAAGCUUCAAUAAAUUUGCUUUGACUGGUUGUGUUUUACGAAGCCUCUCUUUGCCCACCACUAUGAAUUAGCCACUAAACUGACAAAACGUAAAAUAGUUAUUUUUCUUCUUGAGAUCAGGCUGGAUGAUCCUCUUUUCUGACAAUAUGUAAAAUAGUUGUUUUUUCAUACAUUUGAAAGGAGGGGGAUUUCGAAAAGCGUUGCUUAAAACCAACUAAAGUUAAAAUUUCAAGUUUCAUCGUAAGUUUGAUCCAGAAUUAGAUUCCUAAACGCAUUUAAAAAGGAGAUCUAGCGCUCAGAAAUAAAAAUGGCCCAUGUAUGGUUUAUGACAGUCUGGUUGUGGUUUUGGAAAUGGCUGCACUCUUGUUCUAUGCACUAACCCUUACACUUUCUUCAACACAGAAUGUUCUUUUUAAUGAAUGAGAUGAAUUUCACAGUGUCGCUCACAGUGUGUGCAUGUUAAGACGAAAACAAAAAGUCUUGGUUCCAAAGCUUAAGACAGUAUGCGCAUAAUGUUAUUGUUGUACUUUAGAUGACAGGGUGGUCUAAUAUGAGUGGUUUUUCCUUCUAGUCCAGUGCUAAUAGUCAUCAUUUAGUAAUUUUCAAGGAAGUCUGGUCACCAAGAACUUCAGCUCAUUUCACUUUCGAUGGAAGGAAAUGUUUCGAUUUCUUUGCAGCCUUUUUUCUACCAGAUUUGAGUUAGUUGUAUUUGAGAUUCUAACUGACAAAUCUUCCGCUAUCUACCUUGUUUAUUUUAGUACACUUUACAGCAUAUUCUUAUCAGAACCAAGUUUCAGGGUUUUUCAAAUUUCAACUUUUGUUGAAACUAGCUAAGCUUAUUUUUUCAAGAGGAUAUAUAUAUCAAUUAUUAGCAUUUGUUUAAUGGGACAUUCUCUGCUAAUCUCAAUGUCAGUGUUUUAAGGGAAAAAAACAAACAAACACAUCUAUUUUCCAGUGCAUGACAGUCCCCAUUUGUACAAUGCGAAGGCACCGUCUGAUUUUGAUGAUUCAUGACUAUGACAUUGUUCCAUGUGAAAAAUAAACUAGCACAAUCUAUAUCAUGUAAUCUGACCAAAUAUGCAUUGUAUCACCAUUUUCAUAUUGUCAGACGUUGUGAGUGGUUUUACAAUUUCACCCAUCGAUUAAUGUGAAACACAAAAGGGAAAUCUUUUACCUCUGAUUUUGUAGUAAAUGUAAAUAUUUCAGAGGACGUUUUCUUUUUUUAAUUUUCCUACUUUAUGUUGUAAGGACAGAUGUGUGAGAAUACAAUUGUAUUGGAAAAGUUUUAUUUGUUACAAAUAAAAUGGUAAGAAUAGC